AUGCUGCUUCCGAUGUCUCGUUCUCCUAAAAAACGUCCUUCCAAUACUCCUCCAAGAUCAUCUGCUCCAGUAGUUCUCGCUCCGGAAUUCGCCGCUGCUCGUGCUGCCGCCGCAGCUAUCGCUUCUCAACUCUCUAGCGUUGUACCUCCAACCGUCAAAGUUGAGGCUUGUGUCUCUUCUGGUGAAGCUUCUUCGACUACUGUAAAAGACGCCGAAACUUUGGAGUCCCCUACCACUUGA